CAUAAAAUAAAGCAACAUCAACUACACACCUCCCCCUGUCCAGUCACAGCCACUCCAAAACACACGCCACGCAGCCGCCGCUUCCCACAAGUAGCAAAACCAAAACACCACUCUUCCACUUCUUCCUCUUCGUCACUUUCUUCUUCUUCUGCAGAGACAUCAGAGUUACGCCGCAUAAACUCGCAUUCUGACACCCAUGGCUUGCUCCACCGCUGCUCCGCCGUCCACCUCCUUCAUCAGCAACAAGAAGGAUCUGAAUCUAUCUGCUUUCUCCUCCGCAACGCCGAUUUCUAGUCAGAAAUGCAAGAGAAAAUCCAAGAAAAUUUGCUCCGUCAUAGCUCCGCAGCAAUCGGAGCGCCAGCCCGCCACCACCGGCUCGGUUAAGACCGGGAUGACGAUGACUGAGAAGAUAUUUGCUCGAGCCUCUGAGAGAACCCAGCUGAGUCCGGGUGAGAAUGUUUGGGUUGAUGUCGAUGUUUUGAUGACCCAUGACGUCUGUGGACCCGGUUCAUUUGGAGUCUUCAAGAAAGAGUUCGGCCAGAACGCAAAGGUUUGGAACCGUGAAAAGGUUGUUAUCAUACCUGACCAUUAUAUAUUUACCACUGAUGAACGUGCGAACCGAAAUGUGGAUAUCUUGAGGGAUUUGUGCACCGAGCAAAACAUCAAGUAUUUCUAUGAUAUCAAGGAUCUAAGUAAUUUCAAGGCCAACCCAGAUUAUAAGGGCGUAUGCCAUGUUGCUCUUGCUCAAGAAGGUCAUUGCAGGCCGGGGGAGGUUCUGCUGGGUACAGAUUCUCAUACAUGUACUGCUGGAGCUUUUGGACAAUUUGCUACUGGAAUCGGGAACACUGAUGCAGGAUUUGUAUUGGGCACUGGGAAGCUUCUCCUCAAGGUGCCACCAACAUUGAGAUUUGUGAUGGAUGGUGAAAUGCCCGACUAUUUGCUUGCCAAAGAUUUGAUUCUGCAAAUUAUUGGUGAAAUAUCUGUUUCUGGUGCAACAUAUAAAGCUAUGGAGUUUGUUGGCAGCACUGUUGAAAGCUUAUCUAUGGAAGAAAGAAUGACAUUAUGCAACAUGGUUGUUGAGGCUGGAGGUAAAAAUGGUAUUGUUCCUGCUGAUAGCACUACAUUUAAGUACCUUGAGGAUAAGACGUCUGUUCCCUACGAACCUGUUUACAGUGAUGCUAAAGCAAGAUUUCUUAAAGAGUACAGAUUUGAUAUCUCAAAAUUGGAGCCAUUGGUGGCAAAGCCUCAUUCUCCAGAUAAUCGUGCUUUAGCAAGAGAAUGCAAAGAUGUGAAAAUUGACAGAGUAUAUAUCGGUUCUUGUACUGGUGGAAAAACAGAGGAUUUUAUGGAUGCAGCCAGAGUUUUUCUAGCAUCUGGGAAAAAGGUCAAAGUUCCCACAUUUCUUGUGCCUGCUACCCAAAAGGUUUGGAUGGACGUGUAUAGUCUGCCAGUUCCAGGGUCUGGUGGCAAGACUUGCUCCCAGAUAUUUGAGGAAGCUGGAUGUGACGCACCUGCAAGUCCCACUUGCGGUGCUUGCAUGGGUGGUCCGAAAGACACGCAUGCACGCUUAAAUGAACCUCAGGUAUGCGUCUCGACAACAAACAGGAACUUCCCAGGUCGAAUGGGUCACAAGGAAGGCCAGAUAUAUCUCGCUUCCCCCUAUACGGCUGCUGCGUCAGCUUUGACUGGUUACGUCACCGACCCGAGAGAGUUUUUGCAGUAGGCAGUUUUAUCAUUACAAUCUGAUCAGUGUAUGUCAUCUUUAUAUUCUGCAACUAAAUGCUGUUAGAUAGCAGAGAUUACGGAAUAAUGGGUAUAACAUCCAUCCUACAAGGUUUUAUGUCUUGUGAUGGUCGGGUAGCUGCCAUAUUGUAUGUGUAAUCGUUUGAGCAUGUUAGAAUGUAUUUAUGAAACGAUGGAAUAAAGAGGGCCUGUCGGUGAA